AUGGUUACGUUACCAGAAAUAGCAGAAGAUAUUGUAAAUAAAACAUUAGCACACGCAAAUGACGAUAAUUCCCGGACGAUUUUUCUGGUCGGAAGUAAAUCAGUGGGAAAGUCAACACUUCUUAAUAGUUUCCUUGAGAAAACCGACACUCCUCGAGAGACGUUAGUAUUGGAAUAUUCAUAUGGAAGAAAAUCUAAUCAAAAGCAAGGAAUAGAAAAAACAAUAUGCCACGUAUGGGAGUAUGGUGACUAUUCCGAUUGUACACAUUUUGAGGAAAUAAUAAUUAUAGGUGGAAAGUAUGACCUUUUUAAAAAUUAUGACAGUGAAAUAAAGAAAUUAGUUUGCGAAACGAUUAGAAGCGUGGCAUUGAUUAAUGAUGCCCAUAUAUUGUUUUAUUCAUCGAAGGAGCCACUGCUAGUACGAAAAGCUAAAGAAAUUUUGCAUAAUGCAGGAUUUGGAAAUGGUGUAGUUAUUAAAGAAAAAAAUACAAACAAUACUAAACCACUGUCUAUUCCUAAGGGAUCCGAUUCUUGGGAAAGUAUUGCAAUACCUAGAUCUACAAUGGAACAGGUUAAGAUGCGACACGUGACACGGAUACAACUUGAAGUAGAAAUUCAGGCGAAUGAUAAGAAUGAACUACAACGUACACAUCCUGAACCAAUUUUAGAUUCACUCGCUGCACUAAAGUAUGAAGAAAUUCGCAAUAUGGAACUAUUUGACCCCGCUAUUAAUGAUUAUUUAAUGUGCUUAUAA